AUGUUUGUUUUGAGCUCUCCAAACAAGGACAACUUCAAAGGAUGGGAGAAGCAGUGGGGAGCAAGGCGUAUCAUAAUGAAUUGCCCUGAGACGAGUGAACUAAAGGCGAGGUGUGUGUGGAUUAACCGCGAUGAACCAGAGGAGAAGCAAGAGAAAGAAUGGAGAGAAAUCGAGGAGCGUAUAGAGCAUAUAGGACCACUUCCCCGCCACAUUUUUACUGAAGAUGAUUUCAGUAAGCGUGUCGACGAGAUUGAAUUGGCAUUGAAGGAAAUCACCCAAACAAACGCUGAUACGUACAGGAGCUUAAGUAGUAGCACUGGCUCGCAAGGGGGGAACCCGUGCCACAAGCUUGUGAAUAUCGUACGGGGCAAUCAGUGUUCCAAAUCCGAGGUAUGCGACAACGAGCCACUUUCACAAGCAAUAUUCGUGGAUAUAAUGGCUCGGGUGUCUCACCUUUCUAUUUCAUAUACAGUCCUGCAGGCCAUCAUGAUCCCCAUUGAUAGAAUGUUGCCUAUCGCCUUGGAAAUGCUUGGAGUUACUUCGUUUAUUUACAGAACCUUCGUUGAUUCUGUAUCUAGGAAACUGACAACGAUUCCUCUCCCAUUGAACCGAGCGGGGAGAGAUUGCAUUUUGAAAUUGAGCAGCGGGGUACAUCCUACCCGGGUAGGGGUUAUACCGCUCCUUUCUGAGUUAAAUCAAAAUCAAAAUCAAAAUCGAAAUCAAAAUCGAAAUCAAAAUCGAAAUCAAAAUCAAAAUCAAAAGCCAUCAAUAGAAGCUGGUGUGCUGUAUAUCCCAAAAAGCAGAAACUUCCCAGUGGUAGAUGGUUUAUUUUUUGUCGAAACAGAUAAUCAACGAAGGAUGAUGGUUUGCCUCCAGACGACUAUUUCAGCGGCACACGACACAACGGCUAGUAAGGUGGUGAGCUUUAUGAAAUAUAUGAGUGCUGCAUUUGAUAAUUGGGGAACAUACUCAGAAAACAUGUCCUGGGAGAUCAUUUACAUACAGGCAACAGACAGUUCGACUUUAGAUAGAUGGCAACGAUGUGAUAUUUCUGAACAACCAGCCACACAUGAGGAGAAUAAUGCAGCCGAAUUUUGGGAAGCGAAUGUUUUUCAAUACGCAGUAAAAAUAUCAACUCAAGAUUUUCCUCUUGAAUUGCGCUUGUGA